CUUCGAGCCCAGAUACGCGAAAAACCAGUGCAUACGCAGUGGACGAACGGAUGGAAAAGGAUCUGGCCAACCGAAUGGCAACCCUUGCAGCAUCCGUUUCCUGGACGUGGCCAUCGAGCUGACGAUUCUUUGUUUCAGAUCGCUUCUCAAGGAGUGUGUUCGAAUAAAUUUCGGCGAUUUGCUUACAAAACGAGCCCUUCCGCUGUGGUGUGUUUUGUUUGUCAGUUCGACAGACGUUGUCAGACAUUUGCCUAGCGCGAUUGGAUGUGUGUUUUCGAGCCAAAGUUGAUUCUUUUCACGCACUUUGUCAAAUAGAGAAGCGUAGCGAACGAGGAAAAGAUCACCAAAAAAGGAUGAAUUGGAGAACAAAAUGUCGCCGAUCGAUUUUUCCGUGCGAUAGUGCCUACUGCGGCGAGUGCUAGUGUUUUUCGCGAACGCCUCGGUUUUGUGUUGCCCAUAGCAAACGCUGCCGUGAUGAAUUAUUGAUCGCAGCGCACGGAGGAAAGCAAACGAAGGCAUCGACGGGUGUAAUGUGAGACUAAAUUACGAGUGAAAAAUAAAUUGAUGCACCUCUUGUGAGGUGUACGGUUCCCCGUUUGCCAUCCGGAAAAUCGCCCAGGGGGGCAUAUUUUAUGCAAACACCAUCGAGAACUCUCGCUUCGAGGGGUAGUGCUUUUGACGUAAAGAGGAGUCAGUUGUAAAAUGGACGUGGAUUCGCCGAAUGCACUAAAACGUUGCUCUAGUGCACCGCAAAUAAACAAUCUGGUAUCAUCGAUCGCCACCGUCGGUGUGCAGCCGAUGGACGAGGGACAAUCGCAACCGGGUCCCAGCAGUAGUAACAGAACCAGCGGCAGCAGCUUACAGCUUAAUCGGGAACUUUUCACGGCAGGUCUUCCGGAACCACAGCCGGGUAGUGGUAUGCUGAACACAAGCAGCUCCCUGCAAGGAUCACCAAAUGAUGGGUCCAGGGAAUCUCUCCCGACUUCGUUUUCGAAUAUUUUUACACCCCGCGUUAGGCGCUUUUCGGCCAGCUUUAGCCCACUGGCAGUCAUCUCGAACGGGAGUGCCAGCCCGAGCCGCAAUGGCAGUGGUACGCCAGUUCCACGGCUUACACCCCGGAUAUCGCAGCUCCGGCAGGAGGAGUGCGCCGACGUGACCAAUACCCGCGAGGUAAACCACGAACGCGAGAUUCACUCGGCCAUGCAGAUGUCGCAAAGCUACGAAGAUCUCACACUGGUCGCCGAGAACUGGUCGUUCGCGGCGUCGGCCAGCAAGAUGAUGAACGAGGACUUGCAGAAUCCGCUGCACGUCGCCCUACCCACGAUCGGUUCCACUUGCUGUUCUAGUCCAUCACCAACAAGCCGCGGUGGGAUUGGCUUACAAUAUCCGACGACGUCGCCCUCACCGACACGAAAGUUUGUCACGCGCCGUUCCAUGUCCCCGUGUCCGCUGCGACCGAGCCCCCUCAGUUCUUCGGUCAAGCGGAAGUUUGAUCUGGAUGAUAAUUAUGGCAAUUGCUAUUCACCGCCACCGAAGAAAAUAUUCACCUCGGAACGCGGUUCAUCUCCCGUUUGCCAAACGCCAUCACCUUCGCCGAUCUGCCCAAGCCCCGACUCGUCGACCACUUCCUUCGAGAACGGUAGCAACAACAACAAUGGUAACGGCAAUCCGCCCCCAAGUGGUCUAUUUCCGCUGGCGGCAUCCAGCUCGGGCAGUGGCCGAGUAACGCCCAAGUUUUUUCUCACCAAACUGUCCGGAGCCCCCAGUCCCGGGCCGCCCACCCUAUGUCCGGGAAAUCCAUUUGGGGUUGGUAUUGUAGGUGGAGGUUCCGCAUUGCAUUAUGGUGGAGGAGGUAGUGCCUCCAGUAGCACCUGUACAACACCGACAGGAGGCCCCCCGACUAACCCUAUGGGUAAUCUUUUGGCGGAAACGGUAGGAACCGGGCGCAAUGUGGCCAUGAUGAUGGACUGUGGGGUGAGCAGCAGUAGUAGUAGCAGUGGCAGUGAAUGUCGCGACACAGCGAUGGAAAUUGGCCAUGCUGGUGGGGUGGUGGAGGAACGCACCGAGCAGGAGAGAGAUAUCGAUGAGACACCGUUGAAGGCGGACAGUAGUACUGGUGGCGGCAAAAUGGCCUGUGAUCAAACCGUAGUAAGCCUCAGUGAUACCCACCAGCGUCAGCAAGCGCGAUUGGGCUCUUCCACGGCCGUGAUUGCCGCGUCUCGGGAACUACGGGAACAGAUUUUAAAGUCGGUGCUGGAUCAAGAGGCAGCAGGAAGCUGUAAUAGUAAUAGUAGCUACACUAGCAAUAGUAGCAGCAGCAGCAAUAGUAGCUGCGUUACUAGCGAUAGUAACACUAGUGCCAACAGUAAUAAUAGUCGGUUGAGUGGCCUCACGGGCGGAAGUAGCAGCAGCUCCAGUGGCGGUACAGUCGAUAUCAGCAACAGCAGCAGCAGCAGCAGCGCCACUGUGGUUAGUACGGACGGAUCUGUAACAACCGCUGCUGCUGCGGCAGCGGCGGCGGCUGCUGCAGCCGCAAUCUGUCCCCAGCUAACCUCGUUCCCCAUGAUGGCCAUACCGAGCAGCAAUCUGGCAGAGAUUGCUGAAUCUUGAGCAUAUGAAAGUACCAAAACCAACGAAAUAACCAGCAAUUGUAGGCCUUUCCCACGGCAGAGUAGGCGUUGGCAGAAAGAAAACACGUAGCGUGUAUAGGGACAAUAAUAAUACCAGCUGAUCGAUGAAACGGGCGAAGCAGGCCAUGGGAGCCAACUUGCGGGGAAAAGCGCACUACGAUCGAGCGUCAUUUUGCUACAGCAUUACUAUCAUAGGCAUAUAGGUGGAAAGUUUUGCACGAUCUAUUGUGUGUUAGCCAAAGCGCUUUAGAAUAGCGUUAGCGUAUAACUAUGCUGGCUAGUUUAGUUUUAAGUAAGAAAACUAUUGAUAGCUUUAAAACGCUUAAUGGGAAUUGGAGAAAAUUGAUCGAGUGAUGAAAAAUAACCGGCACUCGCGGGCACACUGCCAUAAUACGGGUUUGACCGUGUUUUGCGCAAGAUAUUACCGCUUCGAUCGUUUCUGUCAAUGUUCUAGUUGAAGAAAAGGGCAUGUUUGAAUUUUUCCAACGAUA